CACUGCCACUGCCACAAGUCACAACCAAGUCCGUCCAAGAGAGCGAGCGCCCGCCAGCCAUGGCGUUGCCUACCACGUUGAAGCUGCUCCUUGUUCUCGUGGUCGUGGGCUUGGACGCAACCACCACGGCCGCUCCUGGGGUCCUCGGCGGAGGAAAGCACCACCACCACCGCGGCAUCCUGAGCACCCCCGUCCGCCGGCUCAAGCCGGACGUGAGGGUCUCCAAGGUGGGCGCCGGCGACGUUGCCACCAUCGCUGAGGCGAUGGUGCUGGCGGCCAAGCCCAGAGUCAGACAAGAACACUUCAUCAUCUACGUCAUGCAAGGUACGUACGACGAGCACAUCCUCGUCCAAUCCGAAGAUGUCGUGCUGCUGGGCGACGGCAUGGGGCGGACAAUCAUCACGGGGAGGUUAUCCAACAAAACCGGUCACAUCGUGACAGAGUCUGCCACAUUAACUGUGAUGGGAGACCGGUUCUUGGCACGCGACGUGACGAUCAGGAACACAGCCGGUGACCCGGAUGACCAUCAAGCCGCAGCUCUCCUCGUCGAGUCGAACCAAUCCGUCUUCUACCGCUGCCAAAUCCAAGGGUAUCAAGACACCCUUAUGGCUAAACAAUUCCUCCAGUUUUACCGCGAGUGCGAAAUAUCAGGUACAAUCGAUUUCAUAUUCGGUGACGCGACAGCCGUGUUCCAGGACUGCCUCAUCUACGCACGCCGGCCGGUUCUGGGCGAACACGACAUCAUCACCGCUCAAGGCCGCGAAGCACAUCUCGGUGGUUCAGGGUUCGUGCUGCAGAACUGCAACAUCACCACAGCGCCCGGGGAGAGUCUUAAGGGCGUGCAGACUUACCUGGGGCGUCCCUGGAAAGAUCAUGCAACCGUGGUGUACAUGUUAUGCAGCAUCGACGACAUCAUCCACGCGGACGGGUGGGUGGCUUGGAACAAGGACAAGCCCACGGAACGCGUAAAAGGCGGCGUCAAGCCUGGCCACGAGGACCACAUUUUCUAUGGCGAAUUCGGAAACUACGGCGCCGGCGCCAAUGUCGACCACCGCGUCGACUGGCAUGGGUUCUAUCGCCUCAGCGAGGCACAAGCUAGGCUGUACACGCCGGGGAGGUUCAUCCAGGGAGGCGCCUGGCUUCCCCAGACAGGGGUCCCACACUAUCUUGGCCUCCGUGAUGGUGAGUAGCCUCCCGUGCAUCCAUCCAUCCUACCUGCCUCUGCCUGCUGCUGCCGUUUGAGUUAAUUUGAGGAGCAAUCUGUUUGUUUCUCUAGUGGAAUAUCGUGUUAUUUGUUGUACCUGUAGUAAGUAUAGUGGUAGUAGAGCAGCAGGAGUAGCAUGCAGUACUGCAUCAGUAUUGUACGAGAAUGUGUCGAGGAGGAUGUGAUGGAUUCUUCAGCUGUCAGUCGGCCAAUUAGCUAGCUUCUGAGCACCAUUGGCCCAAUAAAGUAACGUAAGAACACUGCAUGCAUGGGAUGGGAGUGGGACCCCCUAGCUAGCUACGAGCUAGGGCAGCAGUCCAUAGUAAACUUGUGUUCAGUGUUGUUUGUGCGUGUGAUCAGACCUGUGAUGUAUCCAUU